UCUUUCGGUCGGUCGUCGCCAGUCGCCGUCGUUUGAGAACGCAUAUUGCUUUGCUUCGUGUCGUAAUUCGCUGUUGUAUUGAAGUGGAAUACUGUUUUUAUUGUGGAAAUUUGCUAGUUUGAAUAAUGGCUCAAUUUGAUGGUCAUGCGGCCAAGCGACAGAGAACAGACAAUGAAGGGGAUCCGGCUUUUGGUGGAAAUUAUUACAAUAACAAUUUCAAUCGUGGAGGAGGUGGACGUCAAAAUUUUGAAGAAAAACCUAAUCAUAUAUUGUUGAUUACUGUAAUGAAUCCAGCUUAUCCUAUCACUACCGAUGUUAUUCACACUAUUUGCAGCCCCAGUGGUAAAGUUCUUCGAAUUGUCAUUUUUAAGAAAAAUGGUGUUCAGGCUAUGGUGGAAUUUGAUAGUUUAGAAGCAGCUGAAAGAGCGAAACAAUCAUUAAAUGGAUGUGAUAUCUAUUCUGGAUGUUGUACUUUGAAAAUUGAAUUUGCAAAGCCAACAAGACUAAAUGUUUACAAAAAUGACAAUGAAAGUUGGGACUAUACAAACAACACAUUAAGUAUAGGAAAACAAGGUGGUGAUCGUCCUGCUCUAUUGCAAGAACCUCCUCGUUAUGGAGGACCUGGAGGUAAUGCUCCUCCUUUUGAUGGCAGAGGUCCACCUUCUUAUGAUGGCGGGUAUGAUGAUUACAUGCCUAGGGGACCUCGAAAUGAUCCUUAUGGCCCUCCUUCUCGUGAUCCAUAUGGUGGCCUUGCUCCUCCCGACAGGUUUGGAAGAGAUCCAUAUCGUGGCGAUGGGCCUCCAAUCUCGCCUCGUGGACCAGGGUAUGGUCCUGGAGGACCUAUGAAUCCUCCUGGAAGCAAUCAACAAGGAUCUGUUAUGAUGGCAUAUGGCUUAAGCCACGAAAGGAUGAACUGUGACCGUUUGUUCAACAUCUUAUGUUUAUAUGGAAACAUUGUUAGGAUUAAGUUUUUGAAAAGCAAGGAAGGAUGUGCAAUGAUUCAAAUGGGCGAUCCUUUGGCUGUAGAAAGAGCUGUUCAGCACUUAAAUGGUUCCGUGUUUUUCGAUUCAAAGCUUCAACUUGGAUAUUCCAAACAGGCUUAUUUGAAUGAUGUUCAACAACCAUUUACUCUUCCUGAUGGUUCUCCAUCAUUUAAGGAUUACAUGGGUAAUCGAAACAACAGAUUCACAAAUCCUGAAGCUGCUAGCAAGAACAGAAUUCUUCCACCUUCAAAAAUGCUUCAUUUUUUCAAUGCUCCAUUUGGUAUUUCUGAAGAUCAAAUUAAACAGGUCUUUGAAGAGAAAGAGGCUAAACCUCCAGCAACUGUCAAGCUCUUCCAGUCAAAAAAUAAGUCUGAAAGAAGUUCAUCUGGAUUGUUGGAAUUUGACUCGAAUGGGGACGCUCUUGAGGCCUUGGCUCUUGCAAACCAUAUCCCGAUUCCCAAUCCUGGUGCAAAAUUCCCUUAUAUUUUGAAAUUAUGUUUCUCUUCAACUGGCGGAAGAAUGCAGGAAGGUGGACCACGAGGUGGUGGAGGAAGAUUUUAAAAUGGACAUUUCAAUGAUUUGAAUUAGUGAAUUUUAUUCCACUGACAUUCAGCACAUGUGUAGCUUUCAUGCUUUUUGUAGUAAUAACAUGUCAUGAAGAAAUGAAAAAAAAAUUCUCUUUUCAUUUGUCAUUGCAAUGUGUGAGUCAUAUGAUUUAAUUGCAAGAUUAUCAGUAAUAAACAAACUUUUUUCUUUGA